AUGCCAAUUCUGUCUAUAUCUUCUUAUGAGAAAGAGUAUGAACCAAUAUAUGAGAAAGAGCAUAAACCAAUAUAUGAGAAAGUGUAUGAACUAGAGUUACAAUUAGAUAAAUCUGAAGUUAGUGAAUUAUUGCAAGUACAAAAGUCAAAUAGCAGUAAUUCUACACAUACCAG